UUGACCGUUUCUUUUUUUCGAAAAUAAAUGUUAUUAAAAUUAUCAGAACAUUUUUUUCUCUCUCUUCCUCAGAGAGAGAGAGAGAGAGAGAGAGAAGGGUUUCAAAUGGUCCUCUCUCGUCUCCUUCAAGUAAAAUCAAGACUCCAUUUGCAAAGAAUCGGACUUGUGAAAGCAACAAGACUGUGUAGCUCUUCUUCUUGUUCUAAUGCUGAGAUUGGGAAUUCGAAGAAACCUGGUCUGUCGAAGGAGCAGAGGGCGGUGGCUGUGGAAUCAUUCGUGAAAAAGUUUUAGCAUCAUUAGCCCAUUUGAAAACUUUCACAAGAGGCCUUAUGAAUGCCUCUUCUUUAACGUCUCAAGCUGAUUCAACUGCUGCUUAAAGUUCAGCUGAGAUAUAUGGAAGCGCAUCCAGGGAUUUUCCCUAAACCAACACAUGUCCAAAACAACGUGGGAGGAUCAUGGUACACUCUGAAAGACAUUCUCACCAAGAUAAAGGAAAAGUUGCUGGAAAAUUCUCAACUCCAAAAUCGCACUACCAGUGAUACAUCAGAUUCUACAGUUGAUGCAACAACUUCUGAGAUUAUUACAACUCAUAAUAGUAAAGGUAAUAGUGAACUUGGCAAGCCCACAAGUACAGUGAUCAAUUCUGAAUGUAAUAACAACAUUUCAUCGACUGCAACAUCUUGUAUGUUGGAGGAAAACUUUUCCAAAAAAAUAAUCAAUGCAACAGCUUUUGAGAUUGUUCAGACAUGUGGUAUUGCAGAUCAUACUGAACUUUGUGAAUCUGAAAGUAUAGUUCAAUCAUUAAAGUCCUUGGUGAAUUCUGAAAACAAUGAGAAGAAUACUACCCAUGUAACGUCUAACAUAUCAGAGGAAUGUUCUUCUCCAGACGCUGUCAAUCGAGAAGCUUUCAAGGUUAUUAGGAUGCAUAAUUAUGCAGAUUCUCUAAAGCAUGCUGAACCUGCAUGUAAAGUUCAGUUGUCUGAAGCUGAAGUGAUUUCUCGCAGUAAUGAGAAGGAUAUUUCAACGGGUAAAGAGAAGAAUAAUAGUGAAUUUGGGGAACCUAUUGUUCCAUCAUCCAAAACCUCAUUGAAUACUAAUGACAAUGAGAAGAAUACUACACCUUCGAUAUCAUUUGAUGGUGCCCAAAAGAUUUCAGGGUUAGCUGAUCUUUUCAUGAGGAGAAUGAAUAAUCGAGCAGCAGGGCAGAUGACUGGUGAAAAGGAUGAUAGUGUGACGAUCAAUAGUCCUGAAUAUUCAAAUGAAGCAACAAGAAGGGAUAUGGUAAAAAGUUUUGAUAUAAAGAGUUUAAUUGACUGUCUUAAGGAGCACCGUAAAGAGCAAUCUAUUAUUAAAUCUCAUGACAAUAUGGGUAUGGAGAGCAACAACUUCAAGGAAAGUGGGGGUGAUCCAGGUACAAGGGUUCCCUUCAAUGUGUCUAGUACAAAUUCUAAGAGUGGGGAUAAGGAAGAAAGUGAUGCAGAUAUUGCAGCCUUUGAUUACAUAGAGUCGAAACCAAGCCCACAGUUGGUUCUAUUGCAGACAAAGGAAGGGAUGCAGAAUGUUAUUGUUGAAGCAGCUAGUUCCACUGAGAAUCUGCCUAAUAAAACUUCAAUUCCUAACCUGAUUGGUGAUCCUGAUGUUCCUAGCUCAUUAGUGAAGAAUCCCACCCGAACAGUGAUGAUCAAGCAGUUGACCCCUGACAUAAGGUCACAUGAUAUUGAAGAAGCCCUUGCUUUUUGUGGGAGCAAUAUAUCUGGCAUUUUCUUUGGUUCUUCAAGUUUUGUUGCUUAUGUGGAAUUCGAGACAGAAGAUGCCAAAGAAAGGGCACUUGAAAAGCAUUCGAUAAAUGUACGUGGCAAACAACUAUUGAUCUUCAGAAUUGAUGUACCAAGGACAACAGUUGUGAGGAUUUCGAAUCUGUACUCAGCGGAAGCCAAAAAGAAACUCUUUUCCAUAUGCAGGAGUUAUGGGAAGGUCAAGGUUGUAGUUUUUAGACACAAGGAAAUCAGGGAUGUGCAUUUCAUGCUUUCUGAAUGGCCAAACAUGUUAAAGAUUCUUAACAGAUUAAAUGGAUUGAAGGUAGAUGAUUGCCGGAUAAUUGCUCAGCCAGCACUGGUCUUUCCUCCAGAGGUUCUCCGUGUUCUAUGGAGUCACCCGGAUGAAAGACAGCGUCUAGAAACUAAGAUCUGGAUGAAAACCCUCCUAUACACAAGGUUGACAACUGAAUAAUUAUAGAAUAGAUUGUUACAAAUUUUGAUCCCACAAAAGUAGAUUUGUUGUUUACCAGGGAAAUCUUCUUCUAUGACCCAGUUGGAUUAGUUCAUUUAUAGAGAUUUAAAUGUAGCAGGACAAUGCUUAACUGAGUUAAUUGAAAGAUGUAUGGAUCGAAGGCUUCUACUC